AGUGCAAGUGAUGUAUAUUAGCGCUAUAGUAAUGACCUAAAAAUUUCUGUGAAUAUAAAGUAGCGUUAAUUUGCAGAUUAUGAUAAUUUUUAUAUUCCUAUUGUGUGUUUCCAUUCAUAUACCAGCCGUAAAGGCAUCAGAAGUGAUGGCGAAAUACAACUACAGAUUAGGAUUAGCUGUCAUAUUCCUCGUUGCGUUUUCGAUGAAAAAAGACGGUGUCAAAGGGUUAAAAACCGGCGAUACGACAUUGCUCCACAAAACGGACUACAGAGAAAGACGCGAUGCUGGUGAUUAUCAAAUGGAUGGUAUACCGAGUGUUGAUUUUCCCACAUACUCCCAUAUACCUAAAACGAAAUUUAGUUGUCGUGGCUUGGACGCUGGAUAUUAUGCGGACCUUGAAACUGAUUGCCAGGUAUUUCACAUUUGCGAUGAAGGAAGAAAACUGUCGUUUUUAUGUCCAAAUGGUACAGUAUUUCAACAAGGAGAAUUGAUAUGUGACUGGUGGUAUAAAGUGAACUGCACGUCAGCUCCAUCAUUGUAUGAAGAAAGCGCGGAAAUUUUACAUAGGGAAACUGUUAAAAGGAAAUCUAACAGGCGAAAUAAUGGUGGCACAAAACAGGCGGUAUUUUCUAGUAGAGAGGAAUAUGAUAGCAGUGGAGAAAAUCCCAAAAAUUCAUUAUCAAUUACCACAGAGUCACUUCCUCGGAAACACACCUCAAGAGCUGAUAGAAAGUUUGACGCAAUUAGGUAUGACAUAUCUCGAAACUCCAUAGAACCCUUCAGCUAUCGGAACGACCCCACAACCGAAAAGUAUUCGCCGAAACCUACGCUUAGUCAUCAAGUCCAAGACGUAGAUAAUACACAUUCGCUUAAGGAAUUGGGGAUUGUCAUUGGCCCCAACAAUGAUCUACCUUUGAAAAGUACUGGACCCGAAUUCGAGGGUAAACUGCGAGUGAGCUCGUAUGGGGAAGCGCUUACUCCUCCUCACUCGGCCGAGGCACAGGAGGUUCAAGAGACAGCUUCGUUCGUCACGAAUUCACGUAAUCGGUUACCUACCAGUGGGAAAAUAUACGCGAAUCACCGCGAGUCUUAUUCGGAUGUCAAACCCCGCCCCUACUAUCAGAAACCAUUUAGUAAACUUCCGGAUAAACCGUUUUAUGGAUCUUCCAUUAGUGCGCACGUGCUUUCAACGGUGCCAGUUUCAUCCAAUUUGGGCAAAUUUCAUUCGCCCACCACCGAAACUAAUCGUUUUAAUGUAGAGGGACGAUUUAGUUACAGUUUUAAAGCGGAUUUGCCUCUACGAAAUAAAGUUGAAGUGACUUCAACGACAACCCUUUCGCCAACAAAAUAUCAGUUCACCAAUAUCCCCCAACCUAAUACCCUAUCACUUCAGGUCAGUGAAGAUACUGAGAACAAAAUCAAAGACAGUCAAAAAAUGAACCUCACACCUACGCCAGAAGAAAAAGUGGCCUUGAAUGUAACUGAAGUACCCCAAAUCCUGAGCACAUCAACAGAAUCCGCCAACGAAAUAACCACACAAUCGAAGGUUGACCCUGGUGGUUUCGCAAUUUUUCAACCAAUGCCAUUUUCGGUCAAUCCAGUGUCGGGGCAAUCCACGAGUUUUCGCCCUAUCCAAGCAACACCGAAAAAUCCUUUCAUUAUUGAAGUUGCACCAGACGUAAUUCAACCAACUCAACCCACGCCUUUCGCAACCUCCCCCAACUUUAGCCAGGUUGAGGAAAAUAUCAACAACAUGAUUGGAUCCUUAAUGAAUAUGCUGCAUCACAACAACAAGAAACGCGUGGAAGAAUCCGCAACAUCACGCCCAGGUUUAGCGAUUCCGCCAUCUUCCGGCCCGCAAACGUUACACACUCUCGCGAUAUACUUCGCAAAUGCUUUAGAUAACCUAACCUCUAACACCACCGAACCAGCCAGUACCACACCAACAACGCCAACGGAAGACAUUCUUAAGGAUCUUUUGACGCAGAUGACACGUAAUAAUUAUGACAAUCUCUUUGGAAGGAACAUGAUGGAGACAACAACAACUUCAGUAGAUAACAAUGAGAACAAAGACGAACUAAACCUGAUCGAUAACGUUCCAAACGUGCGCGUCUUGGCCCGUGUCUUUACGGAAGCGCUAUCUGCGUACUUGGAAGAUCCCGAAACGUUCAAGAAGGUGCUUUUAGAAGUAAGACCAACGGAACCACCCCCGUCCCACAACGAGGCUACGGAAAGUGAUGAUGACGAAGUUCUGAAUUACUCUGAUUCCGAUUUGAAACCCGACCACCCUUACCUUCAUACAACCGAAAAUCCCGCAAGCGCCACUUGGGGUUACAUACUUGCACUUAACACAACCGAAGAUCCUCCUCGAAAUUCCAUAACCGAAAGUGAGAACCUUCACAGCGCCGACUCCCAGUCGUUCAUCUCCCAACUGAAUAAGAUAUCGGAAGAAUCAAAGGGCAGCCAGGAACCCAACGCGCUUGGUAUCCCACUACCGACCAAUCACUGGACGUCAUCGAAGGACGUUGAAAAACUUUGGCAGAAAACGUUGUCGAUUAAUCCGGCCGAUCUCAAUCACAAUCUCGAUUCGGCAAGCGUCGAAGGUGACGACGCCAGUAUCGGUUCCGAGGAAAUAUCGGACGAAUCAAACGGAUCGCGGAUAAAUUACGAUUUGCGAUCGCUUCCAAAACUGCAGCUCAAUUCGACGCAAGUCCAUGGCAUCCUUAUCGAUUUUAUGCACGCGAAUCAUUCGCAAGGCUCUGAAAGGCUCCAAAGGAUCCUGAACAAGCUGAAUAUAAGCCAGAACGAAUUUCUGGAGAAAAUGCACGAGGUUGAGGGCAACCCGUUUACUCGUCGGUUAAUUUUACUGUUAAUUAAUGAAUGUAAUUCGUCCAUCGAGGGUGUUGAGGGGCGCGGGUUGUCCGCUGAAGAGGUGGAUACUGAACCGUCGGAUGCCGACGCCGUUGCUGUUUCGACCGAGACCAAUAUUGUUAAGAGGGUGACGCAAAGUCCUCGAAAUGAAGAGGAGGAGGAUACGCGAGCAUUACAGUUACUAAAUUCCCUUUAUGUGAUAGCCUCAAAAUUUGGUAAAUAAUAAUCGAUGUGCUCAUAUCUUUUCAAGCUGUGUGAUUGUAUAAGAAAAACAAAACGGAAAUGUUUCUAUUAUUUAUUCAAUCAGUGUAUAUAAUUGUGUCUGCUUUCAUAUUUUGUACAUAAUAUAUAAGGUCCCAGUACUUUAGGUAUUUAUAGGGCGAGUUCGGAUGCAUAUCCCUUCUAAAUGUAACUGUAAAUCUUACUUAGAACGGAAUAUGCGUCUGCACUCGAUCAAGGAGAACACUAUGUGUAUAUAA